GCGGGGGCGGGGCCCGCUGUGGCGCGGCUUUCGGAGGGGAUGGAUGCGGCGGGCGCCGCGCGGAGCCGGGCGGAGGUGGACGUUACGCUGCAGACGGCCAAACUGAACCCGGGGGAGCUGCUGCCGGCCGUGCACUGCCUCAGCUUCGGCCCGCAGCCCGGCGCCGGCGACUGCUGCCUGCUGCAGCUGGAGCCGGGCCUCUGCGCCGAGCUGGAGGCGGGACGCAGCCUAGUAAUCCGUGGUGAAAAGGAUGAACAAGCAGUGUUGUGCAGCAAAGAUAAAACUUAUGACAUGAAAAUAGCAGACACCUCAAAUAUGCUGCUGUUUAUUCCUGGUUGCAAAACUCCAGAACAGCUGAAAGCAGAUCAGGCAUCUUGUAAUAUUAUUCAUUCACAGAUUGCUGGCUUCUCCAAUAACUACUGGGAAUUAAGGCGAUGCCGACCAAAACUGAAGAAACUGAGGAAACUCUUAAUGGAAGAUCCAUAUGAAGGGCCAGAUAGUCAGAAAGAUCAGACUUUGACAUUUUCAAGGUAUACAACAGAAGAUUUGUUAAGUCUAAUUCAAGCAAGUGAAGAAGAAAUACUGCACCAUUUGCAGGUUAUAGAUGCCUGCAAAAUUGAAGGAUAUUGGAGAAUUCUAGAAUUUGACUAUCAGAUGAAACUCUUGAAUCACGUGACUCAGCUAAUCGACUCAGAGUCCUGGCCUUUAAGUAAGGUUCCUUUACGCACCUGCCUUGAGGAACUUGGAUCUCUAGAGCCCACAGAGAUGAUAGAACACAUUCUGUUAAGCUACGGAAGGAAAUACUUCGAUGAUGCAGGGGAGGUUUACUUUGAAAUGCAUGAAGAUAAAAUAUGCAGAGCUAUAGCACAAAUGCUGUUGCAAAAUGCAGUUAAAUUCAAUCUAUCAGAGUUUCAAGAAGUCUGGCAACAAAGUGUUCCUGAAGGGAUGACAACAAGGCUUGAUCAGCUUAAGGGCUUGGCUCUUGUGGAUAGAAGCUCAACACCAGAGAUCAUCUUUCUGCUAAAAGUAGAAAACUUGCCUGAAGAUAAUCAGGAAAGAUUCAACAGCUUAUUCACCAUACGGGAAAAGUGGACAGAAGUGGAUAUUACCCCUUAUAUACAGGACUUAUGUGCAGAGAAGCAGACAGUUGGUGCUCUUCUGACAAAAUAUGCUCGCUCCUCCAUGCAGAACGGCGUUAAAGUUUAUAAUUCUAGGAGACCCAUCUCAUAACAAGUAUUAUUUUAAGAACUGGGAAUACUGGAUGGAGGAACAGUGAAUGUUGAUUGUUGCUACGUUCUGGGGAAAGAAUUGUCAACUGGUAUUAUGCAGUGUUCUUGAGUCUCAUCAUCUAAGCUGCUUGAACAAGUUGUUUUCUGCUCAACUAAGUAGAAUGUGAGGGUCCUUGCCUCUUCUAAGAAACUGCAGUGUCGGCAGCCCAUGCCCACCUUCCAUUGCGCGCCGCCUUUUUCCUUUGUGUCUGUAGUUAUGUCAGGAGUCAAGCUACUUCUGGAAUACACUUUAGCUGUCUAUCCAUAAACUGAAGUAUGACAUAAAAAUUAAAACCUCCUUCAUAAUAAUUGAAUCAAUCGCAUGGAUUUCAACGGCAAAACAGAACUCUUUUGCUCAUUAGUGAGCAUUCUUUAAGAUUUCAUUGCAGUGUUAACAUUUUGAAUACUGCAGACCUUGACAAGCUCAUGAGCAAAUGACUGAGACUGUAUUAGUCUUAAUUUUGGAAGGUGGUGGUUCUUAUGGGUCAUGUCUUUGAACCAUGGGCACAAGCUCUUGACACUAGCCCUUGGCAGAAUUACCUUUUAAAUGUUACAAAAAAAAGAAAUUGCAAUCAAGUGUGAAGGCAUGAGAGAAUAGUUGGACACUGUUAUGAGCUUCCUAUAAACUGCCAUUAGAAUGUAGUUGAGGUAAGAUUAAUAUUUUACAGAAGACUACCUUUGCUUUUUAAAGAGAACUUAUAAAAACUUGUAAUACAAUUUAUUUUUUAAAAAACUUUAUUAUGGCAAAUAACUGCACAUAGAAAUAGUGUUUGAAAACUUCAGGUGGAAUAUUCUGUGCAGAGCAAUGAAACAAUUUUUUUCUGAUACUGUCAUAAAGUGGAGUACCUGAAAUUGAAAUUUUGUAAUCAUUAAAAAUAAUUGUUGGCAUGUCAGUGAACUGGAGUUUAAUAUUAGACAUUUUUCAGGUUAUUUUUUUAAAAAACUUAACAUAGAGGUUUUUUAUACAGAGAACAUGUGCUGCAUCAAACUUGGAUGUAAAGUAUGAAAAGCCUUGGAACUGCUAGUAUGCCAGCUGUAGGGAGAGGAAAGAAACUAUAAAUCAAAUGUAAUUUUUAAGAUGGAUGUAUGUGUUCUUGGGAUUUUGUUAUAGAUAAAAAGCUGAAUAAAAACUACUUCCUGAGCUCUGCUUAUUCUUGCA